CAUUUGUUAGCAACGGAACCGAACCCUACCAACCAUGAAAGUGAUCGUAGUCGCCCUCGCCCUCGUGGCCCUCGCAGCCGCCGGCCCCGUGCCCGACGCCGUCCCUGAGCCCAUCAAGAUCCUGCGCUCCGAGUUCGACGUCCACCCCGAGGGUGGAUACAACUACGCUUUCGAGACGGAGAACGGUAUCCGUCGCGACGAGACCGGCGAGGUGAAGGAGGUGCUGGACGAGGAGAACAAGCCCCACAGCGUGGUGAUAAUGCGCGGCAGCUACUCCUACACCAACGACCUGGGCGAACCCGAGACCAUCAGCUACUGGGCCGACGAGACCGGCUUCCACGCCGAGGGCAACUCCAUCCCCAAGGCCCCCGAGGCCGUCGCCCGACAAUAGACCCUGGCAGACCCUUUCGACCGACGCAUUGAAAGUGCAUUUAAUGAGCUGGUCGAAACGUCGAGUUAAGAUCGAGAAUGGGAAUAGCCAUUUUGAGUAUGGAGGCGAGAUUUGAUAACUCUCGUCGCUAGAUACUCACUGCCAUAUUUUUGUACAUUUUUAUUGUUUUUUUCGUUAAAAAUAUUCGUUUUACGAAUAAACACCAUCGAUUUUA